AAAGGUGACCGAACAAUGGUUUCAUGAAAAAGAAUGCAUAAAGAAUAAACAAGAGAAGGUUUCAGACGUCGAUAAAAGUCACGUCCUAAGAAAAAACAACAACCAUGUUUGCUUCAAAAGAGCGAGUUGUACACAUGUUGUCAAAUGUGAGAACCAAUAGAGUAAUUUAGUCACCCUGGCUAAAUAUUUCGUAGGCCAGACCCAUCAUAACAUGUGGCCUUUGAAAUUAAGAGAACACGUGUGAAAUUCACUUGAGAACCAUGGAUUUCGAUUGGCUUUGCCAUGAGAUGGACAAAAUCAGUGACUGUGUUCAUGGAUCAUCUGAGCUUUCUGUAUGGGAGCAAGACCGAUUGGCCUUACUUUUGAAUAUCUUCAUCGAAGAUGAGGACUUCAAAGGAAAAGGAGGCUCAAAAGGAGUGAAUGUUCGGGGGACAUUUACUUUAAAAGUGGCUGAGGUAGUCGCUGCCACGUGUAGAAACCCUGAAGCACUGAUACCUUCAUUAUCCGAUGCCCUCUUUAAACUUUUUGAACAUUCAAAGUCUGAUUUGGCCCCUGAUACAUUGACCCGGAGCAAUAAAUCAGUGUUGAAAGAAAUGAGCAAGUCUUUAAACGAGGCCUUGCUGCAGAUCAAUAGUAAUUCCAUUGAGCCUCAAACAUUAGCACGUUUCAAAUCAUGCGUCAAAAUUACAGUACAAUGGGGUUUUGACAACGAUCCGAUAAUUCGACAAGUUAUCAUGAACAUAGGAUCAGAGAUGGUCACCCGAUCCUUACGUGACAAUUUCCAAGGCUCUCUUUUCAUGAUGCCCGUGAUCACUCGGGCAUUUCCAAGUUUGAUUCCCGACUUGAUUCGCCUACUCCCCUUGGCUACAAAAGUAGAAAAUCUCAAUGGAUCAUCUUUACCCAGAUGCCUCGAAAUCAUGUGCAUCAUGGCAGAUCAUGUUUGCGUCGAAAAGACGCUCAGGAGCAUUUGCCUGGAUCAGUUCUUUGAGAUCUUAGCCCUCGGGCUGUCACAUGUCGAGUCGAUUGUCCAAAAACGUGCCCUUUAUCUGCUCAAACGAACCGUUGACGCCCUAUCUACCGCACCGAUUGGCAAUCCGUGGGAUUGCUCGAGAGUCCAUAUCGCUUCCUUGGAGGCGCAAAAAGCCCUUUGGAAUGAAUACUAUCUCAUUUUGGAGAGUGUUGAUGAAAAACAAGGCCAUAUUGUGAAACAAGUUUUGGGGAAAUUGGCCAAUCUGCUUUCAAAGACUGGAGCGAUCGCCAAGGUUGGAACUCCCUUUCAUGUGUCAUGGGUUUUGGUUGUGCUCGACCGGUUGAUGGUUCACAACAAUCAACUGAUUGUGAAAUGGACAAUCCUUUUCAUACUCUCCGAGUUUCGUCUGAGUGAUUUGAAGAUGAAUUCAGGCGACUUCGCCAAUUUGUUCCAACACAUUCUACUCCCCGGACUGAAUUCCACCAAGAUGAUUUGUGAAGAUGUUCUCAGUGAUUACGGAAUCUUGCACAAAUUUGAAUCUUUUCUCACUUAUUGGAUCACCUCGUCAAAUUCUGAUGACAAUGCGUGGAGCUUAGUUUUCCUGAGAAUGGCAUCGAUUUCGUGGGGACCUAUUCCACUUUUUUAUGUUUCGCUCUCGGUGUGGAAUGUAAUAGAAGCUAUUGGAAAAAGCAUUACUUUGGACUCGUCUACCCGCGAUUUCGUUUUCAAAUUCAUCUUUAAGGACAUUCAAAACCAGGACAUUCUGUGCAAAGGAGGAACUCAAGAACUAUUCUUAAGAAUUCUCUGCAAAUCCUNCACUUAUUGGAUCACCUCGUCAAAUUCUGAAGACAAUGCGUGGAGCUUAGUUUUCCUGAGAAUGACAUCGAUUUCGUGGGGACCUAUUCCACUUUUUUACGUUUCGCUCUCGGUGUGGAAUGUAAUAGAAGCUAUUGGAAAAAGCAUUACUUUGGACUCGUCUACCCGCGAUUUCGUUUUUAAAUUCAUCUUUAAGGACAUUCAAAACCAGGACAUUCUGUGCAAAGGAGGAACUCAAGAACUAUUCUUAAGAAUUCUCUGCAAAUCCUGUCCAUGUUCGGAAGAGGCCCUGAACUCUCUAAUUGAAAAUUUUGGACCCAAAGGGAUCCUAAUUCCUGGUUCAAAACUUUGGAGUUGCAUCCAAUCUUGGGUGACAAAGCACGACUCUGAGGUGAUGCCUGCUAAUCCAGAAUAUAUCAACAAAGUCAUCGCUCGCUCAAGUAAUGAAUCAUCGUCCGAAAAACGGAUCAACCUUAUGAAAGCGUUAGCCUUACAAUUGAGGCUUUCUGAGGGAUAUGACAAUUUCUUCCAAUCUUCACUUUGGAUCCACGUGGCCAAUCUUAUCUUGGAUCAUGCAGAUCGGGUAUACAGUCGGGCCAACUUAGACUUACUUCUACUUGUCGGGUUUCUCUUGGAAGAGCCCACCAAAAGGGACGAAGGUCGGGCUGAUGUCCUUCAUUUCGCCGAAGAAAUACCCUUGUUCUCGAUUGUGCCUCAAUUUCAAAGCAUGCUACGAAAAACGUCGAGUCUUGCCCCCGCCUUUCAACGCUCCAUUGAAAGGAUCCUUUUUGAUAGCGAAGAAUUACCCGAGGAGCCAAUACUAAAACGGUUGGGUGUACUUUUUACUACCCUCCCAAAACAACAAGUAUAUGAUUGUCUCAAUCAAAGGAUAAAUGACUCCAGUUUGAAAAUUGGACCUCAAUCACUGUGGACACACUCUCAGAUUGUAACAUUGCAUUUACUCAGUCAAGCAUUGCUUUCACCAUAUUCCAAGAAUUUUCCAGAUCUCAACCUAACGCCGAUAACUAACCUGGUCCAAUGCGGCCUCUUCCCCACUCCCACCUUCUUAGACAAAUCCUCCCAACUAUUCCGAAGCAAGUCAAACGCAGCGGUGAAUUCUUAUUCCGAGAACCUAUUAAUCAGCCAAUGGAAUACUGUUCUAUCUCUUUUGAAAUCGAGCGGGCUCCAAGUUGAAACAAGCGUAUGUGUAAAGAUGUUCAAUUUGGCCUUGGAGGCAAUCCCGAAAAGCGGUCGAUUCGGCUUACCGGUUAUCUUUGACGCUUUGACACAUACUCUUCGUUCGGUAAAGACCCUCAGCUUAAACGGAGAUGUUAUCCAAGCUGUUUUGGAAUUAGGCUGGAGAACCUGUGCGGAUUUCAGACGGAACGAAGCAUAUUGGCCCUGUUGUCGGGCCUUUGUGGACCUAGCCUUCUGUAAUUCGCUUUUAUCUAUGAAAGACCUGACUGAAUACUUGGAAUUUCUUGUUGAGAACCUUUUUGAGGAAUCUGAAGCUGUUCCUGGAUUGAUGGGACUCUUUGCUUCUCGACUUAGACGAGGUGCCCUUGAUAUUGGAACAGACUUUCCCAUCCUCAACCACUCUCUUUCCAAAUUAUUCCUGUUUGGUUCCAGCUAUAAAAAAGACCAACAACUACAAUGUGAAAUAGUCUCAGUACUCGUUGAAGACCAUCUCAAAGGUUUUGGGGCUCAAUGUGUGUAUGGAACCGACGUACAUGUUCCCACACUAGUUCGAUCGCUUGGCCAUGAAAUCGUAAGCGUCCUUGGUCCGAAAUUGAAUCACGAAGCUUUAAUCUCGAAAGUGCGGGACUUGGAAAAAUCAGUGGUGGGCAACAAAGUGAGAUAUUUUGCCAACUCGCAAGUGCAUCUUGUGAAGACGCGAGUCCUCCAAGUCUAUCUAAUCAUGGCUGAUUUCUUGCCCGAAAAAGUAGGCUUGCAAUUGGGUCAAGACAUGAUCUCCAGUAUCCUCAACGAUGAAUUCCAAACUUCGGUCCGAUACUUCACUGAAUGGAUUUUGAUACGAUUGUCAAAGCGCUUUGAAGCGUUACAAGAGCAGUCUUUGCAAGGCCUAGAAUUGGCCAAGCAAACCCGUCCAGGAUGUGUGCCUUCAUUUCUUUUUGUGAUAUCGCAUUGCCUAACUUUGAGUGUUGAAUAUCGGAUGCGGCGAAUUCUACCUUGGACCAUGUCACAACAUUUUGCCACCCGUCUGUGUGCUCAACUGGUCUUCCGAAGAUUGUAUUCAAAUUGCUCCGAGGAAGUGAAACCAGUGUUCGAAAUCAUGGAUAUUUGCGUUGCCGAAUCUCUGGCCAACGGGAAUAUGGGGAAACAUGGGGCUGAGCUCCAGACGGACUUUUAUCUCACCAACUUUGACCCAGAAAUCAAUUUCAACCCCACCGACAUCUUCCGUAACAUACCAAGACUCAGUCUUGUGGUGAAAACCGAAUGGAUGUGGUAUUCCAAAUGAACCAAGACCGUAUUGACCAAUCUGGGCCGCAUACCUAGCCCUACCAACCCAAAUGCGCCCGAAAACGAACAAAACCAAUCAGGGUUGAAUGGAGGCAUGAUUCAGAAGAAGAUCACUCCCUGGGAGACUAUGUUUGAUGUUGAACCAGAGAAUCGAACCGACUUGGUCCCUUCAUUCCCAAACCUGACUCUAGUGGCUUCUUUGAUUGAUCGGGUACCAAAUUUAGGGGGACUCUGCCGAACCUGCGAGAUUCUCGGCGUUGGCAAUUUUGUGAUAUCGAACAAGAAAUACCUGAAGGACAAGGACUUUGUCAAUUUGAGCGUCAGUUCACAUAAUUGGGUGCCAAUCAGCGAAGUCCCACUACCAACUCUGAAAAGUUUCCUCGAUGAACAAAGAUCAAGUGGGUUUACGAUAGUGGGAAUAGAACAAACGUCCAAAAGUAUUCGCCUCGAGGAUUUCAAUUUUCCAGAAAAGACCGUACUAAUGUUGGGCAACGAAAAGGAAGGUAUUCCCGUGGACUUGCUUCAAGAGCUCGACGUUUGUGUCGAGAUACCUCAACAUGGUCUCAUUCGAUCGUUCAACGUACACGUGACUGGAGCUCUGGUGCUGUGGGAAUAUGUAAAAAAACAAAUCAAAUCGAAGAACAAACCAUGA